AUGACGUUUUGCCUGCAUUCAGACGACUGCGGCCUCGUCUCCAUCAGUGUCUCCAACAACCGGAUCGUGAAUGGCAGUGCCGCGUCUGAUGGGGAAUACCCUUACCAGGUGGCGCUGAUUAUCCCAAUAGGCAAUAAGACAAUUUUAUGCGGGGGCUCGAUCAUCAAGAGAAGGUGGAUUCUAACAGCUGCUCACUGCUUUUACGACGAGAACAACAACAUAGCAACAAGUAUAGAAGUGCGCUACGGUUCAAUAGAUGGCAGAAUGGGAACAUCUCUAACAUCAACAAGUUUCAUUAUCCAUCCCAAAUACAAACCAGGCAGACACGCCAACGACAUAGGUUUGGUGAAACUUCCGGAAGCCUUACAGUUCGAGGACAACCCGACCGUGCUUCCCAUCUGCUUGGCGUUGGAGGAAGACGAUCGCUUCAAGAGAAAAGCCGUGGCCACCGGGUGGGGCCGCAUCUCUUUCGGUGGUAGUAUCGUAAACAUCUUGAGGGAGGUUGAGCUGGAUCUCAUUCCCGUGAGUGUAUGUGGAUCCAAGAUCAAAUUACCACUUGACUCCAGCAAGGUCUUAUGUGCUCUUACACCCUACAAGGACACCUGCCAGGGUGACAGUGGUGGCCCUCUGGUGGUGAGGAUUAGCGAAGAAAGGUGGGUUCAGGUGGGCAUUGUUAGCUAUGGAUACGAAUGUGCAAGACCUGACCAUCCCGGUGUGUAUACCAGGGUCUCUGCUUACUUGGAUUGGAUUUCCGGGAGCACGGGCGGAACUGACUGCGAUUCCCCAUGUAAGUGCAGUACUGAGGCACAUCAUGUUUUGAGACACAACAUCUGCGGCAGCGCCUCCGUCAGGAGCAGUGAUCAUCAGUAG